AUGAUUAUUGUAUCUUCGAAUAUAUACAUCAAUUGUAUUCCUAUAUCAAAUAAUAUAUGGACAUUGAAACAAAAUACCGGUUCAUUUCAAUCACAAAGUCAAGUACAAACAUUUAAUACAAGUGGACAUUCAAUUCAAAAACAAAGUCAAACACAAUCAUUUACUAACAAUUACAACAAUGGACAACAAAUUAUUCAGCAGCAAAUUCAACAACAAAAUCAACAAUUCAAUUCAAUGCAAUCACAAGCUCAACAUCAAUCGAUAAAUUCUGGAAACUUGCAACCAAUAAAUACAUUACCAAUGAUUAUUCAACCAAACCAAAAUGAUGAUUUACAAAUUUCAGCUGAUCAAACACAACAACCAUUCGAUUCACAGAUAUAUAAUCAACCAGAAUUACCUAGUCAGUCACGAAAUAGCGUUGGUCAUUCAAUAACUGAUAAUCAUCAUCAACAACAACAAGAACAAUCAACAGAACUACCUCAGGAAUAUCAGGAUAGUGAAAUACAACGAACACAACGAAUUCAGAAUGAAGCAAAUUCUCAAAAACUCGAUUCAUCGUCACAAUCCGAUCAGUCACAAUCUAAUGUUGAUGAUUUGCUAUUGGUACAACCACCAUUAUCUGAACAGUUUCGAGUAUUACAGAAUGGUCAAAAUCAAUCAUCACAACCGUCACAGUCUGGAAUCGACUCACAACGUCAACCCGAUUCAUCACCACAAUCCGAUCAGUCACAAUCCAAUGUUGAUGGUUGGCUAUUGGUACAACCAUCAUUAUCUGAACAGUUUCGAGCAAUACAGAAUGGUCAAAAUCAAUCAUCACAACCGUUACAGCCUGGAAUCGACUCACAACGUCAACCCGAUUCAUCGCCACAAUCCGAUCAGUCACAAUCCAAUGUUGAUGGUUGGCUAUUGGUACAACCAUCAUUAUCUGAACAGUUUCGAGCAAUACAGAAUGGUCAAAAUCAAUCAUCACAACCGUUACAGCCUGGAAUCGACCCACAACGUCAACCCGAUUCAUCACCACAAUCCGAUCAGUCACAAUCCAAUGUUGAUGGUUUGCUAUUGGCACAGCCACCAUUAUCUGAACAGUUUCGAGUAUUACAGAAUGGUCAAAAGCAAUCAUCACAACCGUCACAGUCUGGAAUCGACUCACAACGUCAACCCGAUUCAUCGCCACAAUCCGAUCAGUCACAAUCCAAUGUUGAUGGUUGGCUAUUGGUACAACCAUCAUUAUCUGAACAGUUUCGAGCAAUACAGAAUGGUCAAAAUCAAUCAUCACAACCGUCACAGUCUGGAAUCGACUCACAACGUCAACCCGAUUCAUCACCACAAUCCGAUCAGUCACAAUCCAAUGUUGAUGGUUGGCUAUUGGUACAACCACCAUUAUCUGAACAGUUUCGAGCAAUACAGAAUGGUCAAAAUCAAUCAUCACAACCGUUACAGCCUGGAAUCGACUCACAACGUCAACCCGAUUCAUCGCCACAAUCCGAUCAGUCACAAUCCAAUGUUGAUGGUUGGCUAUUGGUACAACCAUCAUUAUCUGAACAGUUUCGAGCAAUACAGAAUGGUCAAAAUCAAUCAUCACAACCGUUACAGCCUGGAAUCGACUCACAACGUCAACCCGAUUCAUCGCCACAAUCCGAUCAGUCACAAUCCAAUGUUGAUGGUUUGCUAUUUGUACAACCACAAUCGUUUGAUCUGUUCCAAGUAUCCGAUUCACCGAUUCCUAAUGUGUCAAAUCCAAUAGUUGACCAGCAUUCGGAAUUUGACAAUUCAUUCUCUAGUGAACCGACACAGUCACUCGAAUCUCAUCUACCUCCAGAUUCUCCAUUAUCCGGUCAACAGCUCCAGCGACUACAAUAA